AGAGUGGGUGAUUAAUAUGUACGUAGAGAGAGAGAGAGAGGGGGAGCGAGAGAGGAGCACGUAGGCCUAGCAGCAGGGCAGCAUAACCCAACCCCCGCCCCGCCUAAGACGGAUAAUAAUUGUUUAAGGGAUGACAGAAUCAAGUCAUUUGUCCAAACAGAGGAACCACUGAAUUAAAUUGCGAGGGAACUGCCCAUCAUCUUCACCGCACAGUGUGAAGCUUCUGAGUCAUUACCCCAACGCGACCACCUCCACUACCUCCGCUCUAUAAAUACCCACAGCCAAAAUUAACCAAACCCACAUUCAAUCUCCUCUCCUUCUUCCUGAUUCCGCCAUGGAUUUGUUGGGUGGGGAGCUUAAUGGAGAGAACAAGAAGAGGAUGAAGUGCGAUGAGGGAAAAAAGAUGAAAGUGAAAGGAACUGUUGUGCUGAUGAAGAAGACCCUUUUGGGCGUCUCGGAUCUGGUGGGAUCCCUGCUGGACACAGCUCACGAGUUAUCGGGUCGCAGAGUUUCUCUUCACCUCAUCAGUGCUGUUAAUGCCGCCGACCCAGCUGGAAAGGAUUUCAAAGGGAAAGUUGGCAAGCCAGCAUAUUUGGAAGACUGGACUUCUACAAUCACCCUAGGCGCAGGCGACUCAGCAUUCAAGGUUACGUUUGAUUGGGACGAGGAAAUUGGGGUUCCAGGGGCAUUCAUAAUAAAAAAUUUUCACCACAAUGAAUUUUAUCUCAAGACAGUCACACUUGAAGACAUUCCUGGUCAUGGUCGGAUCUACUUUGUCUGCAACUCAUGGGUUUAUCCAGCGAAGCGGUACAGGAAAGACCGUGUUUUUUUCACUAAUCAGACAUAUCUUCCAUGCCAAACACCCGUGCCUCUACGCAAUUACAGAGAAGAAGAACUGGUAAACCUGAGAGGGGAUGGAACUGAAGCGCUUGAUGAAUGGGACCGAAUCUAUGACUAUGAUUACUACAAUGAUUUGGGGGAUCCAGAUAAGGGUGAGAAAUAUGUCCGCCCAAUUCUUGGAGGAUCUACCCAGUACCCUUAUCCUCGCAGGGGAAAAACAGGUCGAGCACGGACAAAGACAGAUCCAAACACCGAGAGCAGGCUGCCCAUUCUUAUGGGGUUGAACAUUUAUGUUCCAAGGGAUGAACGGUUUGGUGACCUAAAGAUGUCUGAUGCCGUAGCUUAUUUUCUCAAAGCCAUAGGUCAAUCACUCGCCUCUGAGUUGGAAGGUGUUUUUGAUAGAACUCCCAAUGAUUUUGACAAAUUCCAAGAUGUAUUAGACCUCUAUGAAGGAAAAUUUGAGCUACCUGAUGUCCCUUUGGUUAAGAAAAUAAGGGAAACUGUUCCCUUGGAACUGGUGAGGGAGCUACUUCGGACAGAUGGUGAGAAGUUCCUCAAAUUCCCAAUUCCUCAAGUUAUCAAAGAAGAUAAGUCUGCAUGGAGAACAGAUGAGGAAUUUGCGAGGGAAACGCUAGCUGGUCUAAAUCCUCUUGUCAUUUGUCGCCUCCAAGCGUUUCCACCAGCAAGCAAGCUAAAUCCAAGAAUAUAUGGUAACCAAAACAGUUCAAUAACCAAAGAGCACAUAGAGAAGGAUCUAAAUGGGCUGACAAUAAAAGAGGCUGUUGAGAAGAGCAGGCUGUUCAUAUUAGACUAUCAUGAUUCAUUUAUGCCGUACAUCAGGCGGAUAAACACCACUUACGUUAAGGCAUAUGCUACAAGGACACUCCUCUUCUUACAAGAUGAUGGAACUCUUAAGCCUUUGGCGAUUGAAUUAAGCUUGCCACACCCUGAAGGAGACCAGUUUGGUGCCAUUAGCAAAGUAUUCACACCAUCAGAGGAUGGCGUAGAAGGUUCUGUUUGGCAGCUAGCUAAAGCAUAUGCUGCUGUGAAUGACUCUGGAUAUCAUCAGCUAGUCAGCCACUGGUUGCGCACUCAUGCAGCAAUUGAGCCCUUUAUAAUUGCAACAAACCGGCAGCUUAGUGUGCUGCACCCCAUUUAUAAGCUUUUGCAUCCUCACUUCCGUGAUACAAUGAACGUAAAUGCAUUGGCUCGGGAGAUCCUCAUCAAUGCCAGUGGUCUGCUUGAGAAAACGGUUUUUCCUGACAAGUUCUCCAUGGAAAUGACUGCAGAAGUCUAUAAGGACUGGGUUUUUCCAGAACAGGCACUCCCUGCUGAUCUUAUCAAGAGAGGAAUGGCAGUUGAGGACUCAAAAUACCCACACGGUCUCCGUCUACUCAUAGAGGACUACCCGUAUGCUGUUGAUGGGCUUGAGAUCUGGUCAGCUAUUAAAGCUUGGGUCCAAGACUAUUGUUCCUUCUACUACAAGAAUGAUAAGAUGAUUCAGGAAGACUGUGAGCUUCAAUCAUGGUGGCAUGAAGUGCGCAGUAAGGGUCACGGUGACAAGAAAGAUGAGCCCUGGUGGCCUAAAAUGCACACACUUAAAGAACUAGUCGACUCGUGCACAAUUAUCAUAUGGGUGGCUUCUGCUCUUCAUGCAGCAGUUAAUUUUGGACAAUACCCUUAUGGAGGCUUCCCCCUGAACCGUCCAAGCGUAAGCCGCCGAUUCAUGCCCGAACCAGGAACUCCAGAGUAUGAUGAGCUGAGGGUGAACCCUGAAAAAGCUUUUCUGAGAACAAUUACGAGCCAGCUGCAGACCCUUCUCGGCAUUUCCCUAGUGGAGAUCCUGUCAAGGCACACUGCUGAUGAGGUUUUUCUUGGUCAAAGAGACAGUAAGGAAUGGACUUCGGAUGCGGAAGCAUUGGAAGCACUUGCCAAAUUUGGAAACAGGCUGGAGGAAAUUGAGAAAAAAAUCACAGAAAUGAACAAUGAUGGGCGUUGGAGGAACCGGUUUGGGCCUGUCAAGAUGCCAUACACUCUGCUGGUUCCUAGCAGUGAAGUUGGACUCACAGGCAAGGGAGUUCCCAACAGUAUUUCAAUCUAAAGCUUCUCUUUCUAGUUUGCUAGUGCAGUUCUGUAUAGCCGUGAAGUUUUGUCAUUGGCGUUUCCAAAUAAGAAAUAAAGCACCUUAUACAUGUUUCAUAAUUCUCUCUCAUAGAUAUAUAUGUAUCUAUGCAUGCUAGAUGUAGAUUUAAACUCCUAGUGGCUAUGCUAAGGAUUCUAAUGACAAGAAAGGUGGGAAAAGAGAAUAGUUAUCAAAUGUCAUUACAUCAUCUGCCAUUCCAUUAAUAAAAUCAUUUUUCCCCACUA